UUUUUUUUUCCUUUCUUUUUCUUUUACUUUUUUUCGUUAUUUUAAACUUUCUCUCUCUUCAUUUCUCAUUAGUGAUGGUACAAAAGUAUUGUAAUGAUUAUCAACAAUACGGUACCAAGUAUACAACAACUGUUUUACUUACCCUCAUUACAAAAACAGCCGACGAUCCUGGUUUUUUCUCAGAAACGACAAUAGAAUUCAACAAUGACCUUUUAACAUUAACAACUAUUGAAGAUAUGCAAUACUCUCCUUAUCAUUAUUCACGAAAACAUAAAACCGAUGGAACAACAGAACAUGAAUGGAAAGUUGACAAAUCUAUACUUUCUCAACACUCUCCUUAUUUUGCAGCUAUGUUUGAACAUGAUUUUUAUGAAUCAUCAAUACCAAUUAUAUGUCUACCUUCCACUAUAUUAAGCUCAAUGGGACUCAGUUCUGUCAUUCAUUAUAUGUAUUACUCGCGUGACUCAACAUCAAUGUCAGGAUGGUUGGAUAGCACUCAGCAACAAUAUCAACAACAACAACAACCAAAUCAAUCAUUAUUAUUAUUUGAUCACGAGAUAGAUGAACAAGAAAAAUUAUACUUGCUUCAGGAAACUUAUUUGGCGGCUGAUUACUUUGGAAUGACUGAUUUAUGCAUCAAGGUAGCAGAUUUAUUUGGGGAACUUGUACAUCAAUGGACUUGUUACUGCGAUGAUUGUGCCUGCCUUACGCCACAACUUUUUGAAUUCAUCAAUGGAAAUAUACAACAAUUCAACGAUUUCACCACUAUCAAUAACACCAUUCUUCAUAUUCUCACCAAAAACAAUAGAUCAAAAUCAAAAAACACCACUCUACAAGAGGAUGACCUUCUAUAUCAAUUAUACAUCAAGGUUAUUUUAUCUUUGACACAUGACCCUGAAAAAUGCUUGCCAACCUUUUGGACUCACCGAAUGAUGGCUCGAAUGUUGGAUCAUCUUCCCAGUGAUCAUUCAUUGAUGUUAUCACAACUUGUAUCCAAACGUGUCAGUAAAUGUAAUGCUGUGGAAUCUCUUCAUUCUUGUUUUUUAGCCACCAAUUUGUUAUCUACCAUGGAUCCUUUAUUAUGUUGGAGUCGUUCUCUUCAUGCUACCUUGGCCUUGGUACAAGCAAAAUCCACUCAACUCAUUGCUCGUCAUUUUGAAUACUAUUGUUCUCAAUAUCCUGCCUUAUUAUCUUGUAUUGAUGGGAUUACUUAUUCUUUUGACUUUUUGGAAUACCUCUUUAUGCAUGUUUUGGAAGAUCAAAUGGAUAUUAUGAAUGCUGGUUUACUCUAUCAAGGUUUGGUCCGUGAUCUUAUGUGUCGUCAUGCUGUAUCUUAUCAUACUCAAGUCAAACAUAUUCUCAGUGUAGCAAAAGAUAUUAUACUCUCUUAUAUGUCUCCUAGAUUGGAUCAAUUUAUAAAAAUGGCUGCUUUGGAUAUUUUGGAUACAAAUACUUUGAAAGCAUUAGCUAUUGAACUUGAUGUACCAGCAAGAUCAUUAGUGAAAUCCUUGGAAAAACAUCAAGGUUUGGUUCAACAAAGUCUUCUUACUAUUAUAUUUCCACCACCAAAAAUAUCUUAUCCAUCAUCUAGUGCAGCAUCUAUCAAUAUGUCCCGACGAUCAUCUACAACAACACAACGAACGUAUUCUUUACAAAGCAAUGUAACCUCUAUUUAUUCAAACAAUCGACGAGAUGAUUCUUCAAAAUCAUUGACACGAUGGAUUAAAGGAUGGUUAGAAUCCAUGGAACCAGAUUCUCAUCGACGACGACAUGUACAUCCAAUUUCACAAGAGAACAAUAAAGCAUCAUCAUCAUCUACUACCAAAUCAACCCUUUUUUCAUGGGCAACAGUACCUUUACGAUCACCAAAAAAGAAACGUGGAUGGCUUCGACGUAUAUUACAUUCAGAUUUGACCAAACAAGCUCAACGAAAAUCAUCGAUGAUUGUAGUAGGAAAACGUGUACAAUUAACUCGACGUCCAGUAUUAACUGUGGGAACUGUAAAAUAUGUUGGACCUGUUUCAUUUGCAGAUGGUAUAUGGAUUGGAGUAGAAUUGGAUCGUAGAGUUGGCAAGAAUGAUGGAUCUUAUGAAAACAUACGAUAUUUUGAUUCAACACCCAACAGAGGAGUCUUUGUACGAUCAGAUGAUUUGAAAGUGAUGUUUUGAUUUGGGAAAACUUUGGAUAGUAUUUUUAUCUUUUUUUUUUUUUUUUGUAUUUGUUACACAUUCCCCCCCUCCUAUGGAUUAUAUAUAUAAUACUAUUUUACCUAUUAGUCUUGUCAUAGUUUUUAUUUUUUUUAUUUUUUAUUAUUUUAUUUAUACCAUUUUAAUAAACAUUUUAUUAUUUUUACUUUUUUUAUCAUAG